AUGACAAGGGUACAAGCUAACGACGAAGAAGGAUUUUAUCUCCCACAUCACGCUGUUAUCAAGAAAACCAGUCAAACCACGAAGGUACGAGUAGUGUCUGAUGGUUCCGCUAAAUCAACCACAGGGAUAUCACUGAACGAAUGUCUCAUGACUGGACCAACUAUUCAAGACGAUCUUCUUACCUUAAUCCUACGUUUUCGACUUCACAAUUACGUCUUAACAGGAGACAUCGAGAAAAUGUAUAGGCAAUGUCUUGUUCGACCGGAGGAUAGGAAAUAUCUACGAAUUCUCUUGAAGGAAAACGACGGUUCAAUCGCUACGUUCGAGCACAACACUGUGACGUUCGGACUCACGUCAGCCUCAUUUUUCGCGAUAAGAACCAUAGCUCAACUAGUUGAAGACGAAGGUCAGGACUUUCCAGCAGCAUCCCAGGCCUUAAAAAAUGCUCUGUAUGUCGAUGAUCUGCUAACAGGUGCACCAACAAUCGAAGAAACUAUUAACUUGAGGAACGAAGUUGUCACUCUACUGAAACGAGGAGGCUUCAACUUACGCCAAUGCGCUUCGAACGACAUACGUGUGUUAGAAGGCUUACCCGCAACCAAAGUAAAUCUACAACUUCUAGCCGGUGAUGAUCCGAAUCUCAAAACUCUGGGCGUAUAUUGGAAUUCCGAAACAGAUAAUUUGAUAUACACCGUCAAACCUAUAAACCUUUCAUCGCGCUUUACAAAAAGGACAAUCUUCUCCGAAACUGCGCGAAUUCUCGAUCCCUUAGGAUUGGUAAAUCCAGUCAUUGUUCAUACUAAGCUGAUAAUGCAAGAACUUUGGCGAAUGAAACUCGAUUGGGACGAAUCCAUUCCUACAUGGCUUCAUACCAAAUGGACCGAGUUCGCAGGGCAACUCAACCUGCUUAACCAAUUAUCAUUUCAUCGAAACCUUCUUCAUAAAAAUGCGAAGGAUAUCCAAGUACAUGGUUUUUGUGACGCUUCAGAAAAGGUUUAUGGAGCCUGUAUUUAUCUCCGAUCAGACAAUGGUAACACCCAGGUAUCCUUGUUCUGUGCCAAAUCAAGAGUGGCCCCCAUAAAAACGGUACAAUCUAUACCGAGACUCGAAUUAUGCGCGGCUCAAUUACUCGUCGACUUGUACGAGAUGAUCAAAUCAACUCUCUUGGUACCGAUCAGUAAAACAAUAUUCUGGUUAGACUCGUCAAUUACGUUGAACUGGUUAAAUACAUCUCCAUAUGUAUUAAAAACCUUCGUGGCAAAUCGAGUUGCAAGCAUCCGAUCACGAGCGAAGUCGGUAGAAUGGAGACACGUCCGAACAAAGGACAAUCCCGCCGAUGCUUUAUCUCGCGGACAAUUGCCGACCGAAUUUACAAAAAACAGUCUUUGGAUGCACGGUCCAGCCUGGCUGACCGAGGACGAAACCCAAUGGCCGUCGAUUACACUGAACGUAGCACAGGAAAUUCCAGAAUUACGUAAUGCAACCUGCCUUAUCACCGCCGGAGGAGACUCGAUGCUUGAACGAUACAGUACGUUUACUGAACCACAAAGAGUCACCGCUUAUUGUCUGCGAUUUGAAAACCGGAGAACAGGUCCGCUCAUAGUAGAAGAACUAAGAACAGCUACUCUACGGAUUAUCGCAUGGAUCCAAAGAAUCUGCUCCGCAUCUGAGCUACACGAUCUGCAACGAGGUCGUCCAAUUAAUUCAAAGAGUUGUCUAACACCUCUAGACCCUGGGAUUGAUGAAGACGGAGUCAUAAGAGUCGGCGGUCGUUUAAAUCAUUCAUCUCUCUCUCACAAUCAGAAGCAUCCCAUAAUUUUACCAAAAAACCACAAGAUCACAGAACUCAUCAUCCGGAAGGAACACAUCUCGGGCCUCCAUGCAGGUACUCAAGCUACACUUCACAACCUCCGAAAAAACUACUGGAUCAUCGAUGGACGACGACAAAUAAGCAACGUUAUCCAACACUGUGUGACCUGUGCCAAACUGAAUCCUCGUCCAAUUAAUUACAAAAUGGGUCAACUGCCAAACGUCCGUGUAUCAGAAGCUAGACCAUUUAUUCAUUCAAGCGUAGAUUAUUGCGGUCCAUUCUUCAUCACGGAAAAACGUGUACGAAAUCAAAACAAGGUCAAGGCCUCCAUAGCUGUUUUCACGUGUUUAGCCACAAAAGCAGUUCACAUAGAAUUAGUGAGCGAUCUUACCACCGAUGCCUUUAUUGCCGCACUACGACGUUUUACUGCCAGACGCGGCCGCUGUAAUUCUAUGUACUUAGACAAUGGCACAAACUCUGUUGGGGCUAAAAACGAAAUUCAAGAAAUACAGACCCUAAUACGUUCAUUGGAGCAUAACGGAAAGGUGCAAAAACAUUUAUCAGAAAAGGAAAUCACUUGGCACUUUGAUCCUCCAUAUUCACCGUAUUUUGGAGGAAUCUGGGAAGCCGUCGUCAAGUCGUUCAAACGGGAUUUUUUGUGUGUAGUUGGCACUGAAACCCUCACUUUCGAACAACUGACUACUCUUGCAACCGAAAUCGAAGCAAUUCUUAAUUCUCGCCCAUUGACUCCUCUAUCCUCUGACAUUAACGACCUUCUCCCUCUCACUCCUGCACAUUUCCUGAUUGGUGACACGAUGACGAGUUUACCCCAACAGGAUUUCUCGGAUAUUCCACCCAAUCGUCUAUUCAUCUGGCAAAAUAUUCAAAGGAUGAGACAGUCAUUCUGGGAUAGAUGGCACAAGGAAUAUCUUUUGGAACUCAACUCCCAUUACAGAUGGACCACCGGGUGUCACGCCAUCAAGGAAGGCUCCUUCGUUCUCAUCAGGGACGAUAACCUUCCGCCAAUUCAGUGGCGCAUCGGCCGCGUAACAACAAUCCACCCAGGAGCAGACGGCGUUGUCCGCGUCGUCUCCAUCAGAACAGCGAAAGGGGUCGUCGAUCGGGCCGUAAAGAAAUUGGUUCUAUUACCAAUUGUUCCAGAAGCAGAGAAUAUCUCUUAA